AUGAAACUUGAGUUUCGAGUUUCACAUUUCCGAGGACCGAAUAAAGGGAGUUCCGAAGCACAAGCAGCUAUCAUGGCUGGUUCGCUGCCAGCUAUUACGUGUUACACUAGCUGUAGGCUUGUAGUUUCUCUACGGAGUUUAUUUAUGCUCGCGCCAAGAUAUGGGAUUAAGUUUUCAAGAUUGUAUCACAUAAAAAUAUGGUCAAAAAUCGCCCGUGGAGCUUGCUAGGAAAUUCACUUAUCAGUUGUAGACCUGACGUUAUUUGCAGUUCUUUGUCGCAAAUCUUGUUGUUCUGCUUUUUUUAAUUCGUAAUCGUCUCGAGAAAACCGAAAAAGUAGAAGUUAGGUUUUUUUCAGACCAUGGCUGUUUGUAAAUGUAAAUCUAAAUCUAUAUCUAAAUCAUGGCGAGUGGCUUCUCUGAAUUCUUGCACAGUUUUUCGUCGCGUAUUGUCUUCGAUUUUAGAAGUCCAGUACCAAAAAAUGUACCUGACUAGAGAACAUUACCACUGCGUCACUUUUGGUUCGUAGUCCAAUGCACCUGUACAUGAAGAAGAUGAAUUUACCACGGUCUUUUUCAAAAAGGAAUAAUGUGAACCACAAGAAACUGCUUCGGUUAAAACGUUUUUGAGACCCACAUGACAU